AUAUAUAUAUGGGGAGAAAACUACCCGGUGAUAAAGAUGUGGUGAAAAGAGGAGCAUGGUGUCCUAAGGAAGAUAAAGUCCUUGCAGACUACAUCAAAACACAUGGAGAAGGAAAAUGGAGCCAUGUUGCUAAGAAAACUGGGUUGAACCGGAGUGGGAAAAGUUGCAGACUACGAUGGUUGAAUUAUCUUAGGCCUGAUGUUAAGAGAGGCAACUUUUCUCCCGAAGAAGAGGACCUUAUUAUCAGAAUGCACAAGCUUCUUGGAAACAGGUGGUCCCUCAUCGCUGGAAGAUUACCAGGUCGGACAGACAAUGAAAUAAAGAACUUUUGGAAUAUUAAUUUGAGCAAGAGAGUUCCAGAGGCAAGACCACGUCGCAUCAAGAUAAAUGCUAAAAAUGAUGGCGCUGAUGAAGGUGGUAAUUGUACUGCUAAAGAUGAUCAGGUUCAGGUGAUUCAAAGUAUAACAUUAAAUUGCACAAAGGCAGCUGCCAUGAUCCCAUCGCAUCAUCAUCUACAUGAUGGUGAUCAAAGGGUCAAUAUUCAAGAACAAAGAGUCGUUGAUGACAUCUCGUCUAGCAGUUUUCUAAGGGACUUGGACAAUUUCAUCAAUGACGUUUUGCACGAGUCCGAAAUCAAUGGAGAUCAAUAUUAUGUGGUGGAUGAUCAAGAAAGGGAGUAUUGAAUGGAGGAUAUUGAUGGCCACGCCAUACCUCUCAGUGAUGUCAAUUUUUCUUUUUAAUAGAAAAUUAUGUUUUAUUGAUUUGAAUAUAGCAGUGACAUCACAAUCCUCGAACCACAUCUUGAAUAAUAUUGGAUGGUUUUGUAAAUAUUCACUGUAUAAAUUAGGAAACUUAUAGAUGGUCUAGUUUGAUUCGACUUACAUAGAAAGUGUUUAGAAUAACUAAACUAAACCAGACCUAUGCGAUUCCGAUUCAGUUCGGCCAAUUUUGAGUUUGGAAUGAUAAAAACAUGAAGAGGUGAAUAAGAGAAAAAUA